AUGGUUUACAAAAGUGAAUAUUCUUUAUAUUCUUCGCCAACCAAAGCCAUACUUUCCAAUGAUAUUAGUCAUCAGCAAACUGUUAGCCAUAACUUAUUCACAAACAAUUUAGUCGAUAAUAAUAAUAAUAAUAAUAAUACAAAAAAUAAGCAAAAGAUAAUCCUAUUGUGGACGACAUUCUUCGGUCAAACCAAUUAUGUUCAGUCAUUAUACGAAUCGUCUAACUGUUUGACUAAAAAAAAUUGUUUAUUUACAUCAAACCGAAGUUAUCUCGUAGACAGCGAUGCCGUUAUUUUUCAUUUGCGUGAUCUGGAUCUCAAAGAUUGGCCACCAAUUCGGACACCAAAUCAACGGUACAUUUUGUUGAAUCAGGAAUCGCCGGCAAAUACGCCGAAAAUAUUGCACAAAAUUGAAGGACUCAUCAAUUGGACGGCCACUUAUCGAUACGGUUCGGACAUAUUUUUGAAUCCCAUAUUUAGACACCGAUCAGAACCAAAUCCAAGUUAUAGAGGCGAUGCUAAUUAUGCACAAAACAAGAGUCGAAUGAUCGUAUGGAUGGCCAGUAAUUGUAGGACUGAUAGCAAUCGCGAGAUGUAUGUCGAAGAACUAAAGAAAACAGUUCCCGUAGAUGUUUACGGCAAAUGUGGUGACAAAGUUUGUUUGCCGAAAAUGUCGCCAAAAUGUUUGGACCAAAUAUCACGAAAAUAUCGAUUUAUUUUGGCCUUCGAGAACUCCAUUUGUCGCGAUUAUAUUACCGAAAAAUAUUUCGAUACACUUCACUACGAUAUAAUUCCCAUAGUUUUCGGUGGAUCUGAUUAUCGAAGUAUUGCUCCACAGAAGACGUCCAUCGAUGCACUGUCCUAUAGUUCGCCCCGACAUUUGGCCAGAUAUUUGUUGUAUUUAAGUAAAAAUCCCAAACAGUAUAACGAAUAUUUCAAAUGGAAACGCGACUAUGAGCUGACUGGACAACACUAUAGUUGCCAAAUAUGCCAGAAGCUCAACGAUCCGACCGAACCGGUCAAAGUGUGGGACAAUCUGGAGCACUGGUGGUUCACCGAAGCCGAGUGUAGAAAAUGGAGUCCAACGAAGAAUUUUCGGUAA